UUUUCAUCUCAUCACCAAUUUUUUUGUGUGUGCAUUUUCUUAUACGGGUGUUGGAAAUAUACGAAAAAAAAAAUUACAAAAAUCUUUACAAAUACUUUUAACUAAUAAACUGCCAAUAUUAUUGGCAAGUAAUUUAACAAUUUUAUGAAAUUGUUAAUAAAUUGCUAAAAAAAACAAACACAUAAAACAAAUUGUGAAAAAUUCAAUUAGAACAUUUUGUGUAUGGAAGAAUAAAGUGGAAAAAGUGAAUUGAGAAAAACGAAUUUUUUUGCGAAUGGCAUAAAUGAAAAACUAUAGAAAAGAGUGGACAACAAAUAAGCAAAAACGAAAAAGUUAAUAUAAACAUAAUAAUAUAAUUUAAAUUUGUUAAAUUAUAAAAAAAAGAAUUACUAAUUGAAAAAGAAAAACAAAAUUGUAAAAAGGGAAAUAACAUGGGCGAACAUACAAAUAGUGCCUCAACCAAAGCAAAAAAUGCAGCAGCCUCAUCAAUGGCAGCUGCUGCCGGAUCAACAGUAGCAGCAGCCGUAGCCGCUUCAGGCCAACAACAAAUGCAGCAUCUACAACAGCAGCAACAACAACAACAACAGGCUAGUACAAGUGGGAGUGCUGGUUUAACUCCCUCAACAAUAGCAACGGCCAAGGAUGCGCGCGAAUUACAAGAAAUACGCAAUUUAUUAUGGGGACCAGCAAUACGUUUGGAUGUUUUUCGUCGUUGGUCUCAAGGUUUUGAAUUUAGUGCUGAAGAACCUUCCGCUUUGGUACAAAAACAAGGUGGACCCUGUGCUGUGAUUGCGCCUGUUCAGGCGUACAUUUUAAAGAUUUUAAUUAUGGAUACACCUGGUCAUUGUUUCAAAGAUUUAACACCCGACAAGUGUAAAAGUUUACUUAUACAAGCCCUCUGCACCAUAUUGAGUAAAUGUAAAGCGUCACGUCUACGCAUAGUCACACUACCUGUCGAACAAUGUUCAGAAGCCAAAGAAACAUCAACAGCAGCAGCAGUAGCAGCAGCGGCAGUAGCUGCUAAUAAUGCUGCCAAUGAUGAGGCAAAUUUGAAUACUGAUGCUGGCUUCAUGGAUGAUGAAACAACAGCAGACGAGGCUGCUACAGGAGCUGCUGCGGCUGCUCUUACUGCUGGUACAGUACCUUGUAAUGCAGCCGAAGAGGUAUCGCCUGAAGAAUAUCAUAAACGUUUACAUGUUGUACAUUUCAAUACAAUAGAAGAGGUGGAAAAAUAUUAUACGCUUAACUUUGAAGUGUUAUCGGCCAAAUACGGUGUACUAUUAUUCAUGUAUACGGUGUUGCUGACCAAGGGUAUUGAAAAUGUCAAUUCGGAACUGUUGGAUACCUCAGAACCGCUAAUACAUAAUACCUAUGGUUAUGGUUCGCAGGCUUUAAUUAAUCUAAUGUUAACCGGACGUGCUGUAGCUCAUGUCUGGGAUAAUGAUCAGGAUGUGGGUGGUCUAAAGUUGAGGGGUAUUAAUGAACAAAGUGAUAUUGGUUUCAUAACACUGAUGGAACAAAUGCGUUAUUGUACGGUGGGUUCGUUUUUUAAGAAUCCCAGAAAUCCGGUUUGGGUUAUGGGUUCAGAGACUCAUUUAACUGUGUUAUUUAGCAAUGAAAAGCGACUUGUAUCACCCGAAACACCUUCGGAAAUAGCCCGCCGAGUUUUUAAAUCUUAUGAUCCGGAUGGUAAUAAUUUUAUACCUACUCCAGUGCUACAGGAUGUUUUGGCUGCUUUGGAUUUAGUUAGUGAAGCGGAAUAUGUCAAUAUUAUGCAAAGACGUUUAGAUCCCGAGGGUUUAGGCAUAAUAUUAUUAAACGCAUUUAUGGAUGAAUUUUUUCCACUGGAAAAACGUUCAACACCCGACACCUUCGAUUUAAUGCAUUAUAAUGGUAUACCUGGAUCUAAUGAGGGCAAUAAGGUUCACUAUUGCAAAGGUUCUGCCAUAUUAUUAGAAAGUGAUUUAAAAUCGAUUUGUGCUUCAAAUCCCAUGAUGACAUGUUUACAAACAAAAUGGCCAAAUAUUGAAAUAAAUUGGCAUGAUAUGCGAAUACCUUCAUUGAAUUGACCACAUUUACAGUAUACUUUAAUUUAAAUAAAAAAACAAAGAAAAUAUUAA